CUGACCCUUAUCCCAAAAAAAAAACAUGGACCCGGCCCGACCCGGACCUGACCCGACCCGACCCGGACCCGGUGGUAAGCCAGGCCGGUCCCAGGCCUUCUACCAAAAAUUAAAAGUCCGGCCGGGCCUAGGCCAGUAGGCCUGACCCGGACCCGAGUCCACGAGUAGGCCAGUCCGUGCCUCGCGCCCUUUUUUUUGUUAACCAGAUUGAAACUGGAAGUUGGAGCCCGGUCUGUGUCAUGUAGUCAACUAGUCAUGCCUAAUUCGCUGCUAUUUCCAACAUCUUGUUAAUGUUUUUAUUUUAUUUAUUUUUCUUGGUUUGGUUUUCCUUUUUUUUUUAACACAAGAAAACGCGUUUUAGGCUUUUAGACUUCAAACUUCAAAACAGUGUUAGCUUUCACCUUUUGAAAAGAAAACCAGAAUUUUGAAUAAUUGUUUUCCAAUUUCUAAAAUACACGUCCCACUUUUGUACUUUUACAAACAUUAACUUUUACUUUUAAUUAAUAGCAUGUAUUUUCAGAAUAACUGUAGAACUCAUUAAAGUAGAUUUUCCAAAUCCCAAAUAAGGUUCUUCCUUUCCAUGUUUGAAAAUGGAAGGGACAUAAAUCUUCAUUUGCUUCUGAUAAUUUGGCUCACCAUUCCACAAAUAUGUAAAAGCUCAAAUGAUUUUCUAAUGCAAGCUUGGAAAUAUUUAAAAUGGCUAAAAUUGUUGAAUUUAAAAAAUCACUGAAAUUGCUGCUGAAUCAUUAAUAAUUUGUUUUUGAAAUGUAUUUUGUUUAUAAAAUGAGAAAAACUGGGGGGAAAUGUUUAAAGUCAUCACCUUGGCUUAUUGGGGCUACACAAGCUCAUCAACUGCAACAAAAAGUAUAUCCAGUUUUAUUUAAUUUACCAAUUCAGAGUGGAAUGAUGAAAAAAACACAUCAACUGGCUUCUAAAUGUUUGGUGAGAUCUUUGAAGAAGAAAUUGGAAGGGAGUGCCACAAGGGUUGGCUCUCGGGUUCGAAUCCCGGCAACUGCGAUGAGGGGUUACUAUGCUGAAAAAUGCAUAGGGCCUCUGCAAGUACCGGGGAUUGAGCCCCACUCUCUAUCUGUCAGAUUGUGAUUAUAGUCCAAUUUACAUCCUCUCAUCGUGCCAUCCGGUCGGUGUUGGGGGACCCUCAGGGAUGGAGUGUCAUCCUUUUUUUGUUUAAAUUGGAAGAAAAAACAGAUUUGAAUCACAUGAAGCCAUGAGGGAGGUCAUGUGUUCAUACCCCACGAGGGCCACGGCGAUUCCCUACGAUAUUUUUUUUCUUACUAAAUUCAUCUAUCUUCGAAGUAUGAAACUUUUGAUGACAUGAAUUCAUAAUUAUACUACUCCAUUCUUUAAUUGAGAUGAUUUGACAUUUGCACCAUUCUCAUACUAUAAUUUGAACAUAUAUUAUACUCCGUAACAUGUGUUAGAAAAUUGAAAAAUAGUGUUAAGUUUGUCUCAAUGUAAAUUCUAAACUUUGUGUCAGUGUAAAAUUUGAUUGUUUACUAAUAGCAAUAAAUUAAAGCAAAUUAAUGAUCAAAAUUGUGUACUAACAAGCAAGUAAAUCAAAUUGUACAUUGCAAAUACAUAAUAAUGGAAAAGUAUUAUAAUGAGACAAUUUAAAACACUUUAGCAUGAAUUGGUCACAUGAAUUAAAAUAUAUACUCUCCCUUCAAAUUAUUGCCUUUUCAUUUAAGACGUUACAACUUACAAAAUGAAGUCUCAUUUUCAUUAAAAAAAAUUAAUGGAAAGAUCUCAUAAGUUCUCAUACCUUUUUAUUUACUUUUUGUUUGACUGGACAUAAAGUAAUGACAUACUUUGUACGGAGUAUUAAAAAGAUCAUAAUAAAAUGGAAAUAUUAAAAAUAAUAAUCCCAACUAUUGCCGGUCCGCUAACAAUAAUCCCAACUAUUGAUUAUUUUUGUAUAAUCCCAACUAUAUGGACCAUCCGCCAAUAAUGGUCCAUGACCAAAUAUUACCUUCUAUAAAAGUGAAUUUUAAAUAGAAAUUAAGCGUAAAAAUUAAAAGUUGUGAUUAUUUAUAGAGAUUACUUGUUAUAUCUCUUCUCAUCCGCUUUAGAAAGGACAUGAAUUUAUUUACAGGGACUGUUAUUGGCGGAAGGACCCUAAAGUUGGGAUUAUUCUGAAAUAAUCGAUAGUUGGGAUUAUUAUAAGCGGACCGCCAAUAGUUAGGAUUAUUACAAUCAAUUUUUCCUAAUAAAAUUUAUCACAUAUAAAUAUGACUGUAAUUUGAACCGAAAAUUUCUUUUCAAGGGAGAAAGUAUGUUUCAAGUCAAACACCAUCAUUUAUAGGAGACAAUGUCCACAUGCGUACUAUUUCGAACCUAUUCAAGUGUAAUAAAAUCAUUUAUUUUUUAUGAAACUGACAUCAAUAAUAUAGAGCUUUUUCCUUAAAUAAUGCUUAAUAUGGAGUAAAAAGGUAUGUAUGUAAUUGAUGUUGAGUUAAAAUUAUUCGUAAACUAUAGUUAGCGGGAUACGAGUUGGCGACUUACCGGAAGUUAACGCACGAGAGAAGCGCAUCACAAUUCACAAAUACGUAGUAGAAGAGCACGGGACCCAAUAAAAUAAAAAUCCCAAUUUUUUUAAAAUGUACUAUAACUUUUUUAUUUCUAAUAGUUAUAAAAAAUAUAUAAUAGUUCAUAAUUUUUUAUUAUCUUUCAUAUGACAUCAAUAUUGCAUAUAUAAAAAACAAAAAAUAAUAUGACCUUUUUUUUGUAUUUUAAAAGUAUUAUAAAUUUUUAUUUAUAUUUCGCUUGCUUUAAAAAAUAUAUCAAAAUUCAU